AUGAGUGGGUCUGUGACCACCACCAGCACAGCUAGCCUAGAUGAUGGCUUCGGUGGUGUUGGCUCUUCAAAUCUGACAGAGUGCAGUGAUGAAGAACAGCGGCUACUUCUAGAGCUGCAGGAGCUGGAGAGAUCACUGGAAGCCGAGGAGAAUGCAAAAGCGCCGAUGCCGGACCCGGAAGUCGCCUCGGCUGCCACUCUUCCGGCUACUUAUGAGGAGCUCAAGGAAUUGGGCCUGCAUACUACGACGGCUGAUUGCGAACCCGAAGUCAUUGAUGCAGAUGAGUUCGAUGACACUGAGAUGAAGGAGACCUUGCAUGCAAUGUGGCGAGUGAAGCAGGAGGCUGUGGAAGAAAACCAGCAGCAACCAGCACCAAAGCUACACCAGGCGGUCCCCGACCAGAAGGCACACCCCGUCGCCGCUCCGGCCGAUCCCAACCAGAAGCCACGUCCCGUCGCCACUCCCGCCAGAGCCCCGACAACUGCUGCUGCUCCUCCCGCCGAUGAUGAUGAAGAACCGACUGAAGGUCUAGUGAAAACCGAACCCCGGGCGAAGCCGAAGAAAGAAUUCACCCGCCAGGAGCGACUGGUCCUCGCUGCUCGUGGGAGAAUCGGCCGAACGAUGCGGCCAAAGACAAAAAGGACGGAUUUGGUGCCACCGGCAUAUGUGCAGCAACAUUUCAAGGAAGGGCACAAGAAACAGCUAGCUCAAAUGCUAGUGGAUUGCAACUUCGACAAGGCACGAUUCUUCAACCUGGUUGAGAAGACUGUUCUCAAGCGGGACGAGCAGGUGCUGGAACGGGAGGAGGGCUGGUACAGCGAGGCUGAGAUGAAAGCAGACCUCAAGUGGUCCCCGUCCCGGAUUGCUGGUGCAAUGGCAUAUUGCCGGGCCAGAGCGGCAACACACGUCCGAAAGAAUAUGUACGACAACGUCGAGGAGUUCUGGGUCCUGCUUCGUGAAAAGGCAAACAAGAAGGAGACCUUGCUGAGGGAGGAGAAGCACCACGAGAGCGAGGCUGCAUCUCAUCCGAACUUCAUUCCUUAA